UUGAUUAUCCCGUGGGUUCAUCGCAAUCUAUUUACGUCGAUGAGUAUCCGAACUGCUCAUCGGUGUCUGAUUCAAGCUCAGACGAGUGUGCUGACUUUCUGGAAGAUCUCUUCUGCGGAAUCGCCGAUAUUCUCCUAAACGACUCGUCACCAGUCCUCACAGUUCAAGCACCCCCAGGAAUAGAUGACAACCAGUGCCGCACCAGUCUGUCCUGCGCGUGGUUCAUCGCAAGCGACCCUGGCACCUCUAUUUACAUCCAAGUCCACGCCCAGAGAGGAGCGCACAACACGUACUCUUACAGCCUGUAUGAUGAAGUUGUCAUAGGGAGGGGUCAUGACCCCUUCGAUAGGAGCAGUGUGGUCGUCGAGGUGGGGUUGUUCUACAAACGGCGACUGGAUGAUGGGAGGGUCUACAUAGUGGAUAGCAACCUAGCCUGGGUUAGGGUAUUUGCACAUAGCGAGGGAUAUCCAGACUGUGUCUGGUUUGAGAUGAGUUUUACUCAACGAGAAAAACCAGGUAUUUGUGAUAGUGGUACAACACUGUGCUCAUAUUCUUCAGUUUGUCUUCCUGCCGUAGCUAGCUGUGAUACCUUUAUAGACUGUGGGGAUUUCUCGGACCAACUCGACUGUAAAAUGUGUGGCGAUACCAAUAUCACUCUCGUUCCGAAUACUCCGGUCGUCUUAAAGUACGGUGUUCCGGGGUACUUACCGGAAUAUCCGUCGCACUCAAUCUGGCAUCCGCCUAAAAUGGACUGCUUCUGGAUUGUCAGUGCUCCGGACAACACCGUCAUUGAAAUCAACAUCCUCGCUAUGAAUUUUAUCGGUCCGGACAUCCACAUUGGUUCCGCCGUGGACGGAGCUAACGACGAAUCCGAGCGGUUGUUUGAGAUCCGGAAACCCAUUCGGGAUCCGGGGAUAAUGUACACACCUGUGACUAGUAUUUGGAUACAUAGCGAUAUCAUAUCUGCCAAGUUCGACAGGGGGAACGUUUUUGAACUCAAACUGACGGCUUACGAAGAGAAGGAAUGUGAUCCAGGCGAGUUUCAAUGCUACAACCAGAAGUGUUUGCCUGGCUCUGCAUUGUGUGAUGGCAUCCCUGACUGCUUCGUCAAAGAGGAUGAAUAUGGAUGCGACUCUGAUUGUUCGUACAUCAAUUACUACAUGUGUCCUGAUGGGGAACACUGCAUUCCUUCUGACUAUAUUUGUGAUGGUUUUUCAAGGUGCGAUGGUAUGGAAGACGAGUUUGGAUGUGGUAGAUGCGGUGACUCUUACAUUAACUUAAGCCCCGGCCAACCAGUAGAGGUCCACCAACCGGUCGAUAUCACAGUCGAAUGCCUCUGGCUAGUCUCCACCUCAACCCGCAACCAGAGCUCUCGCAUCAGAAUCGACAUCCAGGACCUGCCCAUUCGCGAAUUCGACCACUACCAGUCAGGCCGGCAGAUUGCGGAGCUAAAUUUUGGUUCCGGUCGCGUGGUCUCGAAGUACAGUCGCCUUCGUUCGCUAGAAGAGUCUGUGUCGCAUCCUACUUUACUGACCUUUGAUGGCCCCGACCUAUGGAUUACUCUUGAGAUGAAGGCCAACAAUUUUGUCACCGGGGGCAGGCCGCACGUCAAGUUCACAGUCCAAGAAUACACCAUCAAAAACUGUGAAGACGACGAUGAUUUCUCUUGCUCAUCUGGACUCCUCUGCGUCAGUGGAGACAAAGUUUGUGACGGCACGUCAGACUGCCCAGAGAGUGAGGACGAAGUGGGUUGCGAUUUAUGUUUUGAACACGAAUUCCGAUGUAGCAGUGAUGAGCUUUGUGUUAAUACAUCAUUUAUAUGUAAUGGUGUCUAUGACUGUACGGAUCGCUCUGACGAAAGAUUUUGUGGAGCAUGGGGUGAUAACUUCAUUGACCUAUCAUCCGGGCAGCGUCGUCUCACUUCGAUUGGAUAUGGCGACCCAUUUUGGGAGUACCCAGUCAACACGUACCGUGAAUGGCUCAUCCGAGCAUCACCGGGCAACAAAGUCAUCGUCGAGUUCCUAGACUUCGAAACAGAGUAUUACUAUGACUUUCUCUCCCUACGCAGCGUUUCUCCUCUGCCGUUGAUCUUAAAUGUGACCGGGGAACAGAACCCGACUAGGAUCUCGCUUCAUUCGCAGGAAAUUACGUUGUUUUUUCUCUCAGAUUUUACGGAUGUGAAGCGAGGUUUUGAUUUGAUCUUGCAUCAGAAUGAAUCAGUGUCUUGCGGUGAGGGAGAAACUGAAUGUAACAGGACGGACGCCUUGAUCUGUAUCUUGACAUCACAGGUUUGUGAUAACAGGGGCAACUGCCCAGGUGCUACGGACGAAGAAUUCUGCUCAGAUAUCUGUGGUCAGACCUUUAUCCAACUCAUAACCGAUCAGCCGCAUACGCUGUAUUCACCACUAUAUCACCACGGCACCUACCCUUUCAAGACAUCAUGUCUAUGGGUCGUCACCACCAUCCGGAAACAGAACAUCAUUCUAGCCGUUAAAGAUUUCCAUCUAGAGCAAAGCUACGACGACCUCCGCAUCGGGGUCGGUAAUGACAGCAACUACGGUCUUGUAAAGAGACUAACCGGUACGACCAAGAUAUCAUCUAUUGUGUUUAGGAGCAAUACCAUCUGGAUGGAGAUGUCGACGGACGAUAGUGUGUCUGACAUAGGAUUUGAACUUGUCCUAAGUUCAGUGGCAAAAAUGAACGGAUCAGAUUGUCAUGGAACAGAGUCACACUUGUUCAGUUGCCCCCAUCGGCAUGACACUACACUGUGUCUACACGACAACGCAUACUGCGAUGGCUUCAUCGACUGCGGAGAUAAAAGUGACGAGAUCAAAUGCGAAAAUCUCACCUGCGGGGACCUUUACCUAUGCAAGGGAAAGUACAAGUGCCUGCUUUGGGAGUCGGUGUGUGACGGAACACCAGACUGUGAGCGGUUUAGGGAUGACGAAACCAACUGCGAUGUCCGCGGCUGUCCUCCAGAUUGUAACUGCUCCUUCGUCAACAAUGAUCUCCACGUCACUUGCCAGAACGGAUGGUCGCCCUCAAUGAUCGGACAACUUGUUAAAAGAACGUCUGCACUUGAUUUAGGUGGAGGUAACGUCACUGUGCUGACUGGUGGAAUGUUCAAGAGACUUGUGUUACUGCGCACUCUAUCUUUGAGAAACAACGGUAUAAUACGGAUGGAACUGAAUGCCUUUGAGGGUCUAAAUGAUCUCACUUCUUUGGACAUAUCUGAAAAUAACAUUGGCGAGUUGUUAGGCGGCGUCUUCAACGGGCUAACGAUGCUAACUGAACUAGGCAUACGGCAUGUGCCCAUCCGGCACAUUAGAUCUGGUGCCUUUAAGGGAUUGUCACGUCUCGAAAGACUAGUGUUGAUGCGAAGUGAUGGCACCCAGAAUCCAACAAACUACGACGAGCCGGCGGCUAAGAUUGAAACAGGGGCUCUAGCUGAUCUGAAGUCACUUCAAGUAGUGUAUGUUGACGACCACCGUCUGUGUUGUGACUUUGAAUCGGUUCUAAACCACAGCAACAACUGCGUAAACAUACAGCUCCAGUCUCCGCUCUUCAACUGCGGCAGGCUCAUGCGAAAUCUCAUCCUACAGAUAUUCAUGUGGAUUCUCGGCUUUAGCGCCCUCAUCGGCAAUGCAGUGGUCAUCGCCUGGCGAAUCAGAGAGGACAGUGGAAAGGGCAGCAAAUACGUGCAUUCCUUCCUCGUGUUGAACCUUGCCAUGUCUGACUUCCUAAUGGGAGUUUACAUGAUUAUUAUUGCGUCGGUUGAUGCGAUAAAGAAAGAGCAGUACUAUCUUGAGGCUACGCAGUGGAGGAACAGCGCCCUCUGUAAGGCAGCUGGUGUCAUCUCAGUCUUGUCGUCAGAGGCGUCAGUGUUCUUCAUCACUUUGAUCAGCCUCGAUCGGUACAUGUGUAUCGUGCAUCCUUUCAGUCGCAUCCGGCUGCGUGAGACGUCAGUGUGGCUAUCCGCUCUUGGGAUUUGGUCUUGCACCCUGAUAUUGAGUCUCAUGCCUACCAUCUACAGCACCAGCGACUCGCACAUCUACGGUUUAUCUGAUGUCUGCAUAGGGCUACCUUUGCUGACCAGACCCGAGAGCUACACGUUCAAACAAGGGGGUUUCGUUGAUGCCUUGAGCAACAACACCUACUUGAUACCUGUACCUCAGGGGAGCAAGCCGAGCUGGUCCUACUCCAUUGUGCUCUUCCUUGGGGUCAACCUCCUGUGUUUCCUCGCUGUCACCCUCUGCUACGUCGCCAUCUUCGCAAAGGUCAAGAGGUCAGUCCGGAGGGUGAAACGCUCCCACAAGGAGAACGAGAUCAAACUGGCCUCCAAGAUGGCCAUCAUCGUGGGCUCGGACUUUCUCUGCUGGAUGCCGGUCAUAGUGCUUGGUAUCCUAUCACAGACCAGUGUGAUUAAGAUCGAGCCAGAUGUAUACGCCUGGCUAGUGGUGUUCGUCCUUCCUAUUAACUCGUCCCUCAACCCGUAUCUGUACACUAUAGUCACGGUGGUGAGUCGUCGGAACCAGGCCGUCCAGUCCACUGUUAAGGUGCCGAAGAAAAUGAAGACGGAUCCGGCUCAGAAAGUUCCAGGUAACCCGGCCGAGGACGACCAAGCGUGUUGGACAACAGCGUCAUCAAGGAGCAUGAACAUGCAGAAUUUGACAAAUAAAAUCUAAUUUUAACGGAAAACUAAAGACUAACUUGUAAAUUCCAUGACAUGAUCAUCUAGUUAAAAAGAUUGACAGUCCAUCUGCUCAGAACUAUAAAGUAAUUAUUGUCAAUUUCAUUGUAAUGUUUAAAGGGUCGUAAACCUAGUUUUAAUUAUGGUUCAGGUUGUAAAUAUUCCAACAAUAAAAGAAAAAGACAUAAUGUUUUACUGAAUCGAUGGUUGUGGAUGAUUAUCCAUUUUUUGUUAAAGAAUAACAUAAUUCAUUCACAGACAAACAUGUUUUGAUCGCGUAUGAAGUGUCUUUAAACGCCAGCAGCCCAAGAAAAAUUGUUUGUGAUGUCACAUUAUUGUUAGGUAUA